GGACGGCGGGCACGCGCCCGCGCGCGCACCCGGGGAGCCUAGGCGGCCGCUCCUGCCUGUCACUGCUGCGGCGGCGCUGCUGGUCGGUUCCCUUGAAGGCAGCGGAGGCGGCGGCUGCUCCAGACACCUGCGGCGGCGACCCCCCGGCGGCGCGGAGAUGUGGCCCGUGGUGGCGGCGCUGUUGCUGGGCUCCUGCUGCUGUGGUUCAGCUCAACUACUGCUUAGUAAAGUCAAGUCUGUAGAGUACACUUCAUGCAAUGAAACUGUCGUCAUCCCUUGCAAGGUCCUUAAUGUGGGGGCACAAAGUACCGGAGAUAUGUAUGUGAAAUGGCAGUUGAACAAAACAUAUGUUUUCUUCUACGAUGGAGGCAGCAACACUUCCAUGGCAGUAGCUAACUUUACCAGCGCCAAAAUCUCAGUCUCGGACUUACUGAAAGGCGAUGCCUCUUUGAAAAUGGAUAAGCAUGAUGCUGUCGUGGGAAACUAUACGUGUGAAGUCACAGAAUUGUCCAGACAAGGCAAAACAGUUAUAGAGCUGAAAUACCGGAUGGGAUCAAACUGUUCUUACCACCCAGAGGAUGAGAAGGAGAAUGGAGAUUGCAAAUUAGCUUCUUGGUUUUCUCCAAAUGAAAAGAUCCUCAUUGUUAUUUUCCCAAUUUUGGCUAUACUCCUGUUCUGGGGAAAGUUUGGUAUUUUAACACUUAAAUAUAAAUCCAGUCGUACGAAUAAGAGAAUCAUUCUGCUUCUCAUCGCUGGGCUGGUGCUCAAUGUCAUCAUCAUUGUUGGAGCCAUCCUUCUCAUUCCCGGAGAAAAACCUAUGAAGAAUGCUUCUGGGCUUGGCCUCAUUGUAAUCUCUAUAGGAAUAUUAAUACCACUUCAAUACAAUGUGUUUAUGACAGCUUUUGGAAUGACCUCUUUCACCAUUGCCAUAUUGAUCACUCAAGUGCUGGGCUAUGUCCUUGCUUUGGUUGGACUGUGUCUCUGCAUCAUGGCUUGUGAGCCUGUGCACGGCCCCCUUUUGAUUUCAGGUUUGGGUAUCAUAGCUCUAGCAGAAUUACUUGGACUAGUUUAUAUGAAAUUUGUUGCUUCCAACCAGAGGACUAUACAACCUCCUAGGAAAGCUGUAGAGGAACCCCUUAACGCAUUUAAAGAAUCAAAAGGAAUGAUGAACGAUGAAUAAGUGAAGGGAAGUGACGGGCAGUAUUGAGAGUCGGCAGUGGAGGAAUACACUUGUGUUUCAGCACCAUGGCCUUGAUGACUCACAGCUGGAAAGAUGAACACAAACCACAGAAACUGACUUUUCAUCUAUGAAAGAACAUGUCAUUGACCCAUAGAUGAUUAUUACAGUUAAGUUUAUAUUCAAAGCAGCUGUAACUUACUUAAUAAAAGAAAUACGACAUGUGUUGUGUAACCAAUUGAAAUCCAUUUUUUCUGUUGUUUCUAUUC